GAGCCGCGCGCGCGCAGCAUGCCCUCCGCCAGACACCAUGUGGACGCCGCCGCCGCUGCCGCUGCUCGCCCUAGUCGCGCUGGCUGCCGCCCCUCUCAGGCUACACGCACAAGAGUCCGCCUGCUGUUCCUUAGCCACCGGCUCGUGUCGUUCCGUGUGCCAGGAGGUGUCGCUGGUGAGGAUAGCAGCGGAUGCCGAGGAGCGCGAGCGGGCCGUGUCGCGAGUCUCCACCGUCUGCCCAGACCAGCUGGUUUCCUUCUGGGAAUGUAUGAACAAGACAACUGAAGACAUGGUCCGCGGGGAGGCGUGGUGGGGACGCGAGUGCUGCGGGCUGCCGCAGUCCGCGGGUUGCCAGCAGGCGUGCGUCACGGCGGCGGCACGUCGCGACCUGGCCGCCAGCUGCCGCCAUAGCGACGAGGUCGCCUUCUUCGCCUGCCUCGACCGCCAGCAGGCGGGCGCCGUGUGCUGUGGCGGCGCCGCGCCGGAGGCCUGCGCCUCUGCGUGCCGCGACGCCUUCCGGGAGACGGGCAGCGCGGGCGGCGUGUCCGCCGAGGCGGCGUCUUCGCGCAUCGACCGCGCGGGCAUGGACGCCGCCAAGCUGCACUGCUGCGCGCGCGCCGCCUCCACCGCGUGCCGCCGCCUCUGCUUCCGCACCUACUCCAGCGAGUGGGUGCGCUUCUGGCCGCAGUUCAGCGCCCACUGCCUCGAGGACUCCGCCGAGGUCGCGCUGCUCACCUGCGUCCAGGAAGUGGAGGAGCCGUGCGAGCUGGGCUGCGGCGGGCUGUCGUUCUGCGCGCCGGUGUCUCGGCCGCUGCAGCUGUUCCGCAGCUGCGACGCGCGCGCCGACGCGGCGGCCCGCGCCGCGGUCUCGCUGUGGUCCCGGCGCGGCGCGGCGCCGCUGCCGCUGCCCCUGCCUCUGCCGCUGCCGCUGCUGGACGUGCGCGCCUGCCGGCCGCACCUGUGGCGCGCCGUCGCCUGCGCGCUGCACCUCGCGCCCUGCCACGCCAACACGCGCUCCCUCACCAUCUGCAGGGAGGACUGCGAGUCGCUGCUGCAGAGCUGCGUGGACUGGCGGCGCGCCGCGCCCGGCCUCUCUCCCUCAGCGGUGUGCGCGCAGCUGUCCGCCGGCGACCGGCCGUGCGCGCCACUAGAGGCGCUGCUGGCGCCAGCGGGCUCCGAAGCGCGAGUGGCGCCACAGGACGCGCUGACAGCGCCGUGCCGCGGCCGGCCGUGCAACCACAGCCGCGCCUGCCUGCCCAACAGGGACUGCGCCGCCGGCCGGCCCUGCCACACGCACCGCUGCCUGCCAGGGUGCCGGCUGGGGGAGGUGUCGCAGUACGUGGUGCCGGGCGACACGCUGGUGGUGGUGCCGCAGAGCACGGGCUGCGCCAGGCUGUGCCGCUGCCCCAGGCACGGCGGCGCCCUGCACCGCUGCGAGCCGCUGCCCUGCGCCCCGCCGCAGCCCUGCUGGAUAGGCACCACGCGCAUAGAGCACAACUCGCAGUUCUACCUGGAGUGCAACCUGUGCGCGUGUUCCUCCGGAGAGCUGACGUGUACGCGGCGACAGUGCGACAGCAGCGCCGCCGCCUACAGCGGCCAGCCGUGCAACUGCCCGCCAGUGUACGCGCCAGUCUGCGGCGCCAGCGGCGUCACCUACGCCAGCGCCUGUCUCGCCAGGUGUGCGGGCGCCGGCGACGGAGAACUGGAGGCUGGCGCGUGCCCGGAGCGUGAUCCCUGCUCGAGACACGCGUGCCCGCGCGGCCAGCACUGCGUGCCUCUGCGGAGGGCGUGCCUGGAAGGAGCGCCGCGACACGCCUGCCGACAGCACCACUGCGUGGAGAAGGUGGAGUCAUGCAGUAGCCGGCCUCACGACCCCGUCUGCGAUACCGAGGGCGAGGAGCACCCCAACCUGUGCUUCCUGCUGCACUACUGGAAGGCGCUCGCCUACCGCGGGCCCUGCCUCAAGAGCUGCUCGCUGUCGGGCGCCGUGUGCGGCGCGGACGGCGUGACGUACCGCUCCGAGUGCGAGGCGCUGGCAGCGCGCGUGCCCCUCGACUACGCGGGCCGCUGCUCCGGCUGCCGGGACCCGCGCAGGUGUCCGCCACUGGCCAGGCAGGGCUGCCAACCGCUGCGGCCGCCCGGCGCCUGCUGCCCUGUCUGCGCCGGAGCCCUCAUCCUCCUCUACAGCCGCAAACAGGUGGAGCUAUCGGUGCAGGCGGUGCGCGGCGACUCGCAGGCGUUGACGGUGCGGGUGGUGGUGGCGGCCCUGGAGCGCCUGGUGGCGGUGUCGGAGUGCGUGGUGCAGGGCUACGCCGGCGUGGGCCCGCAGCUGGUGGUGGUGGUGACCGCGCGCACGCCCGGCCGCGCGCCGUCGCACCUGCAGCUGGAGGCGUGCGCCGCCGAGGCGCGCAAGCUGUCUGCGCUGGUGCGCGCGCGCAGCCCGCGCCUCGCCGCGCAGCUGCCACUCAGUCUGCUGCUCGCCGCGGAGGACGUGACGGCCGCGCCGGAGACAUCCUCCGCGCCGAAGCCUGCCGGAGCCGGCGCCUGGCUCCUCGCCUUCGCUGUCACGCUAUGCCUCUCUAGAGGCUGCACCAGGCUACAUACACAUCAGGCGUCAGUGGAUUAACUGAACCACAGAAGAACACACCGAAGUAUCGUUCCCGUUCUAGCGUGGGAGUACUCUGCAUUUUACCCGGGAACCGAAAGUGUGAUCUGUAUUUGUACUCUUUGAAGCACCAUAAGGUUUACUGUGGCGCGUGCAAAGUUUAGCUGUGUCUUCCCUCCUCACUCCUUAUGAAAAGGUGUGUUAGAGACAUGAUUUCUGGACUUCUUCACAGUCCUGGGUGGCUUCUGAUGGAAUACCAUUCAGCAGUUUCGUUACGCCGCUGGAUAAUAUGCAAAAUACUAAUUUUAUUCACAGUUGACUGGUUUUCGAGCUCUGGCAACAAAAAAGAAUCACAGGCAGCAGAGAUUCAUUGCUGGAGAGAACCACGUGCCAGGAUUAUUUCCUGUGGGGUAGCAUCCAAGUACUUGCAAUUCCCAGUCACAAGUGCAUUGAAAAGUAUACUCAGGAUUUAAGGGAGAGAAGGGGUAGCUCAUAUAAGUUCUGCAAUAAAUGGCGAAACACCAUUGAGGUUUUUAGACACGUGACUCUGGCUUUCACUUACUAGUAGUCCAUAUCCUUCACAUGUUGUGGGUUUAUUCGGCCGAUACUCAAUUUAUGUAUCUGCCAUUCUCGUGGAGCAGGAUGCGAUCUCGGUUUGCAAGGAUCUUUGCCUUGUCGAGUGUGGGGUGACAGUCUCUCACUGAGUACGCCCUCGCACACGCACCACCCUUUUCCUGAUUCUGUCAAGGAAUUUUACUGGCAAAAUAUCUUGGAGGUGAAUCUGCUGUAGUCGAACCGUCGACUCGCAAAUGAGCGUCGAUUUGAUUUUGCUUUUGUUCCAUCUCGCUUUCUCGCAAUGGGGAGAGUUCAGAAGUUUCUAGUUCCGAUUUUGUCAUUUUAUCUUAGCAUCAUAUUCCGGAAUACAUCAUUCGUCACUUGUGGUAUAGUGGCAUAAGAGGUCCGACUCCCUUGCAGGUCGUCAUUACAUAUUCUUCCCCUUAUCUUUUCCCUGAGUCGGUAUUUCGCCCCAUUUCUGCGCACUUUUACAUCCAGUCAAAUUCCGUGUUAAAGUUUCAUGAACGCUAAACAAGUUCAAAUUUUUCUCGCUGCUCAUCCUUCCCGUCAAUGGAUGACCUUACCUCACCAGACACGACACUCGAUCUGUAACGGCAUUCAUUUGCGACGUGGAGGACCUGCCCAUAUUUGUAUUCCACUUCGCCUCGGACAGCUGCAAAGGACUUGUGCCAUCUCAACACUUGAUCUCGUGUAGGAAGCUUUCACUAAUGGUAAAUACAUUAUGGUAGCUGUACUUUUAUGGCUGCGUGUGGUAUCAAAGGAAGGGUAGACACAUACACAAAAAUCUUUCAUAAAGCAUCCAAAACGACUGUGGAUAGAUUAUGUGUCUGAAAAAUGUGUCAAAUUCAAAACAAUGUUUCUUACGAAGUCAAAAAUGUUUCAACAGUUUUUAGCUCAGAAUGUGCUGUACAACACUUUUUACUGUCCUCUCUUUUCCCCUCUGCCUUCCCUGUUCCGGGGAUUACAGAUCCUCACACAAUAACCAAAGGAAUCGCCGAAUCACUCUCUUUGUAAGAAACAGUGCAAAUAAUUACAACUUCAAUUAAGAUCUCAUACUACGAUAGGCAAACUUGUGAGUCCACUUUUCCUCCACUUGACCGUCACCUACUAGAAACACAACACCCACCAGGAAUUUCAUACCAUUGCAACCAUGCCUUCAUGUCUUUGCACCUAGGUUAAGACAUCGAAUAGUGACAUACGAAACUUAGAGCCUUUUACCUUUGAGAAAAAUUCCCCGUGCUGUUAUGAACGAAUUCCUUCAACAGCAAUCAGAUAUGCUAAACGCUCACCCAGCAACCGUCCUUAGUUGCAGCUCUAGCCGUUCUCGAAUUGUCAGGCGACUACGUGAGCCAACACAGCUACCGACGAAAGCAUUAUGAAGCUACAACUACGGCAAUAAAACUGUUCAAAUUCUGUCAUAAUAUGUCGUUCCAAGACUGAUUUUACAUUAUUUAUGUACAUUCCCUUUCCGGUCAAAGCUAUCACAACACUAGGCCUACAAUUUUAUUGGGAUUUGAAGUGCGGAACUAUGAGAAAUCACUGCCAAGGACAAUUUAGUUUUAGAGGAAGUUAUUUAAUACUUUUACCAGUAGAGAGGAGUAAAAAUACUUUUCUCAUUUAACGUAGUGGUCACUGGAGGCAACUUUUUGCAUCGUUAAGCAGAAGAUCUCAGAAAAUGUUAAUGACAGCGGUUUUUAACUUCUGCCAUUGAAGUAAUGUCUAAUGAUUUCAAACAACCUCCCUUCCUGCCUAACAAAGAGCACAUCACAGUAGUAGUGAAGAACCUUCCGUUGGUGGUUGUUACCAAUGAUAGCAUUGUGAUUUUGUGUGCCAAAGAUGUUAUGUUGUAUUUUCUCUUGGUGUCAAUAUUUGUUUAUGCAUACACAUACGGAUGAUUUUGUAUUUUCUGUAAGUUUCCAUUUUCUAGUCCCCCUUCCUUCAAAGAUUGUGUAGUAUGUUAUGAAUAUUAAUUUCUAAAGUAUAAACUUGUUAGCGAUGUUAAUAUUUUUGUACAGGAACAUUUUAUGCUUUGAGAUCUUUACGUUUUGCUGAAAAUACAAUUUUUGAUAAAUAUA